UCCUAUAUACAGUGCUCUCAUACCCCACCACAUCUCAUAUUGGCUUCCUAGACUGACAAUUCACUAGGGACAGCUCGAAAAUGGAGACAGUCAUGAAUGCCAUGCAGGGCUAUGGGGUGAGCACCACUAAUUACCUCCAGACCAACUAUAAGGAUGCCCAGGGUUUGUUCCUGUGGGUGUCCUGGGCUGCUGACCUCAGGAACACCUUCUUCAUCUUCUUCCCUCUCUGGUUCCACCUGCGGGAGUCGGUGGGCAUCAAGCUCAUCUGGGUGGCAGUGAUCGGAGACUGGCUCAACCUGGUCUUCAAGUGGAUUCUGUUUGGUGAGAGGCCGUAUUGGUGGGUCCAUGAAACACCUUACUACAUCAAUACCACUGCACCUCACAUUGAACAGUACCCCAUGACCUGUGAAACUGGCCCAGGCAGUCCCUCCGGCCACGCUAUGGGAGCCGCAGGCGUCUACUAUACUCUGGUCACCUCCAUCCUAGCCAUCAUGCUGACCAAGAGUGAGACGAGAUCUUCCUCCAAGGGCCUGUAUCUGCGGGGCACUCUGUGGGCAUUCUUCUGGGCGGUCCAGGUGUGUGUCUGUCUCUCCAGAGUCUUCAUUGCUGCCCACUUCCCCCACCAGGUCAUCUGUGGAGUCAUCACAGGUAUGGUUGUGGCCGAGGCCUUCAAAAGAACCCAGUGGAUCUACGGAGCCAGUCUGAAGAAGUACUUCUACACCACCCUCUUCCUGCUCUCCUUCGCUGUGGGCUUCUACGUGCUGCUGAAGGCUCUAGGCGUGGACCUGCUGUGGACCCUAGAGAAAGCCCAGAAGUGGUGUGUGAGAGCCGAAUGGGUCCACAUGGACUCCACCCCCUUCGCCAGCCUCCUGCGCAACAUGGGCACCCUGUUUGGCCUGGGCCUGGGCCUGCACUCGCCCCUCUACACUGAGAGCAAGAAGAGCAGCAGCACCCUCUUUAGGACGGGAUGUAUCGUCACCUCGCUGCUCCUGCUGCACCUCUUUGACUCCUUCAAGCCCCCCACGCACACUGCCACUGUCUUCUACCUACUGUCUUUCUGCAAGAGCGCCACUGUCCCCCUGGCAACCGUCAGCAUCAUCCCCUACUGCGUGUCUGGAGCUCUGAGCAGCGUGCAGAGCAAGAAGCAUAUGUGAGGUCGUUGGUGGUCAACACGUACAGAUAUGGAUAUGACUCCAGAAUUGAACCGUGCUUUAAUCCUUAAUCAUUUCAUACAUUGACUUUCUUCCCAAAUAGCCCAAGCGAUCAACAAGCCCUUGUGGUCUUUGUCUUCCCUACUUUCAUCCAGUCACUCACUGCAAAUGUCUUAUUUUCCUAUUUACACACAGUGUGAACACUAAAAUGAAAGGACUAUCCAGUGAAUUACUCAGUGGCACUUAAGACCCUGUGAUUUGAUUGUAUAAAAAAUGAUAAUUUAUAAGUAGUUCAGUGCGAACUCAUGAGUCCAGCAAGUUAAUGUUCCCAUUUUGAAAACGAGAUAAAGCCGGAUCAAAUCCAGGAGAAAAUGAGCCCAAAAGCUCUGUCAGGGACUUUAGUGGCCCGCUUUACAGUGCGUUCUAAGAAUAUGUUAUAUAUAAAUAACUUUGUUAAUAUUUGUUUUGUAACAGUAUUUUUCCUGUUUAAUAUAUUUUUUGAAAUUCUGUCAGAUAUUUAUAAUAAAAAUCUUUCAAAUAUA